AUGUUCGUUGAUUCUCUUGUAGAAGGAAAAUUCCCAGUCAAAGCAUUAAUUGAUACAACAUCUAAAUAUAAUACUAUUAGCAGGCGCCUGUUUGAUAAGCUUGGAGAAGAUUAUGGAAUUCAUCAUAUCUGUGAUCUUGUUGAGAUUCUCUAUGGAGAUGUAAUAGGUGAAAUGCAAUGCUUAGAUUUGCAAUUUUGUUAUAAAGGAAAGUGGCGAAGCUUAGAUGUCACUGAAGUAAUAGACUUUCAAAUUCGAAAAAAUCCAUCAUUCGAUCUGGUGUUAGGACAAGAAUGGUUAUGGAUGCAUAAUGCAAAAAUAAGCUUUGAAUUUUCUCCUGAAGCCCGUAGCCACCAUGCUAAAAUUGUAAUAGAUGGUAUGAGCAUCCCAUUAAUCGAUAAAGAUUUUAACAUAAACAGCUCCACUAAAAAUAACUUAUCUAAUUCGGCAAAGUCUAAAGCUGGUCUAAUUAAGGAUAAGAUUACGAAUAUGAUCAAUAAAAUUCUCUCAGAUGUUGAAAAUAAUAAGCACCGAAAAAGGCAUCACAAAAUAUCUCGUAAUAUACCCCCUGCGCCACCCAGAAGAUUAGAUAAUGAUGUACACAAAAAUAACAGAGCUAGCAAGAAUAAGAAAUAUCCUAAAGUAGAUUUAAGCGAUGGGUGUGGAAAGCUUUCAAUCAAAACGUACUUCAAUAAUAUUUGGAAGUCAGUCCAUUCUAUAGAAAAUGAUAUAUAUUAUGAGAUUUUUAAAAGACUUUCCAAUAUUGAGAAUGAACUGAGGUUUGGAAAGAUAGAAGAAUUGAUAUGGCUAAAUGAUAAUGAGUCAGGUCCUUCUAAUUCUCCAUCACAUCAAAAUAAGAGCAAGAAAGGUGGAGUCAAGUAUUCUACGGAUUCGGAUACUGACACUUCUGAUACAAGCACUUCUUAUUCCUCCAAUUCAGGUUUGGAAGAUGUAUGUAAGGUCACAGUUGUAAAAAAAGCAAAAAUGCCACAAGAAAUAAAUUAA